AUGGUUCCUCCUCCAUGGUCGUGGAGACAGGAGGAAAUAGCGCAUAACACGAAAGAAUCUCCACCUGACUUGCAGCUUCGUCGACUUCGUGACGAAGCCGCUACUGCCAUCUCUGAACUGGAAUCCGCUGUCUCCGCACUUCCCCCACACUUACUGGCUCUUUGUGCAUUGUGUGUUGGUUCCGCUGGUACAAUCAGUGCACGCUGCAUCUAUCGACGCUAUUGGAAGCGAAUAUCCAGUGCAGAGUGGGUCACGCCUGAUAUCUUGAAGCGAAGGCGGUGGAUCAAGGGAUACGUUACAAGUGUUGGGGACGCUGACAACUUCCGUCUGUAUCACAUGCCUGGUCUUGGCUGGAGAUGGCCGCUGAAGUUCAGGCUGGUACCUGCACGGAAAGACCUGAGGGAACAGACCAUCCAUAUUCGCUUGGCGGGAGUAGAUGCACCGGAGGCAGCGCACUUCGGCAAUUCCGCACAGCCUUUUGCCGAGGAGUCCCUUUCUUGGUUGAAGGGACAGAUCGAAGGACAGACUGUGUACUGUCAACUAAUACGGAAAGACCAGUAUGGUCGCAUAGUAUCUCAGGUACAUCUCAAACCGCGUUUCCUCCCAGGCUUCCUUGUGGCCGGCAGAAAUCUCUCGCUGGAGAUGCUGCGCGCAGGGUGGGCUGAAACAUACGAGCAAGCCGGUGCCGAGUACGGACGUUGGGGUAGUGCGGAAUUUUUACGUCUGCAGGCAGAGGCGCAAGCUAAUCGUCGCGGCAUAUGGAAGUAUGGCCUUGACCUAGAAUCAGCCGCAGAUUACAAACGCCGUCAUGCCGCCGCGGGUACAUCGAAGAUGGCCAAAAAAACGGUUAAGCUUACAGUCGCUACACCUCCGGUUCAGGACGACGCAAGCAGAAUAGGGCAGAUUCGACGGCUCUUAGUACGGGUAUGGCGAUAAGCUUUGAUCGGUUUGCAUACAUUCCUUUAGCUAUAUGUCAUGGGUAUCUACGGC